AUUAAAAUAUGUAAAAAUGUUAUCGUCGUGUUGUUGACAUUGACAUAUAUUAAAUUUUUAUAACAUGCUUAAAAAAGUGUGUGUAUGUGUGUAAAUAUGUACUCUUAGCACUAUAAAAAUGUCUUGGUUGGGAGAACAUUACAGUUCAUUUACUGAAAAAUUGAGUGCUCUUACUAAAGAUGUUUUAAAUGAAAAUCAAGAACAUGCUUUGGCAGACAGUAUUGAACAUCAAAAUGAAAUCUUGCCCCAAGAAAAGCUUCUGCGUCUUUGUGAAGAAAAAGAUGCUCAAUUGCGAAUGUUGUUAGAAGAGAAGGAAUUGCUUGAAAGAAGCAUUGAUGAACUUGACCAACAACAUCAGGAAGCUAUUGAUGAACUGUUGAUUUUAAAAAACCAAGCUGUCAAGGAGAAUAAUGAACUAAAAGUUAAACUUGCAGCUGCAGAAAUAAAAGGGAGAACUGAUGCUAGGUUGAAAAAUCAUUUUGACUGUACUUUAUACAAUUCAAAUCCAGAAAUAAAACUAACUGAUGGAACUGAUGACUUAUAUGAAAAAUUAAACUUACUUUUAAUUUUUAAAACUUUUCAAAGGUAUAAUACUGAGCUGGAAAUUCAGGAGCAGCUACAAUGGCUAGAAAACCAAAAAGCAAACGUUUUAGAAAGCAGUUUAAGUGAAAAAGAUUCAAACUCAAAGGAUAAUCUCAGUAAUAAAAUCAAUUAUUACAUAUCAUUUUUGGAAACUCUUUCUGAGAAUAAAAAUUCCCUGACGUCUGCUAUCAAUGAAGUUGCAGAUGUUUUAAAUUUUCUGGUUUCCGAAAAUGGUGCAAUGAAGAGAAAUGAGAAUUCUUGUGAGCCACUUCAAAAUGAAUCUUCCAGAAGUGUUACAUCAGAAGUAAAAUCUGUGCAAGUUGAUAUCAGAAAAGAAACUGAUGACUCCAGUAUACAAACUAUUUUUUUAAAUCCUCUUACCAGUGAUUUUUCAUCCCAAACUGUUAGUUCUGUACUAGAUAUUUCAUGUCAAACAAACGUAAAAGAAUUCAAUGAUUCUGUGAUAUCUAAGGACUGCCAAACUGAUUCUUUUAGCCUAAAAGGGGAGGACAAUUCUAGUAAAGACUCUUUAAUAGCAGAACUAGAAGUUAGUAUACAAAUUUUAGAGCAAGAUAAAGCAGACCUUAUAGAAAAGCUUUGCAGUUAUGAUUCUAUUCAAGAAAAUUUAAUCUCUGUGACUACUCAAACAGACAAUGAUUAUUCUUGUAGAUGUGUAGCUAUGGAGGCUGAAAUUGCAUCAAUGAAGCAAAUCUUGGAAGAAAAAGAAAAAGAUUAUUCUGAUGCAAUUAAAAAUGCAACAAAAAAUAUUAGUGAAUUAAAUCAUAAAUUAGAGGCUAAAGACGUACUGGUUAAAAACAAAGAGGCUGCCAUCAAAUCAUUAGAAACAGAAGUUAGCAUUGCUAAAAACAAAAUCAAUAGCCUUACUCAUGAUUUAAGCUAUCAUAAGAAGAAUAAUGACUAUGCAAAAGACAUUGAUACCGCAGAAAAUAAUAAAAAGAUAGUAACACAAACUUGCAAUAAAUGUGCACACUCAAAUUCAGGUUUCAACCAGAAUAAUUCAAUAUCGAGUAAUGAAUUAAUUUUGUUAAAUGAAAAACUAAAGUUACUGGAUUUGGAGAAAAGCAAACUUUUGUGUGUAUUGAAUGAAAAAACUCAGGAAUGUAGUACUUUAAAGUCAGAAGUUCACAAGCUCACUAACAUAGUCGCUUCAGAAAAGCAAGCGUUAUUAAAACUUCAGCAAGAUAAUUGUGAAUUGAGACAGUCGAAAGCAGAUGCAGAUCCAGAGCUCACAAAAGAAGCAGUUCAAAAACUGAGUAGAUUAAUAAGGGAUAAAGAUUUUGAAAUUGAGUCUUUGAAGCAAAAAAAUUCAACUCUGACAACUUUAAUCCAGGACGCGUCUUCUGUUCCAGAACAUUUGCAAUCAUUAAUGGAAGAAAAAGAAAAUUUGAGCAAACAAAUAAAUGUAUUCAAGGCAGAUCGGGACAAGGUAAUGGUGAGUUAUAAUAAUCUUGAUAAAGAGUGUCGCCAGUAUGCCAGCGAAAUAAAGAAGUUAAAAUUGGCUUUGUCCAAUCAGAAAGAGAAAUUCGAUGUCUUGGAGCAUGAGCAUAGCUCUGUUUCUCAACAAUAUGAAGAGAAACAAAAGUCUUUAAUUAACACGCAGAAUGAAUUGAUUGCUUUAAAGCAACGAGUUACCGAUUUGGAACAGCAGCAAGUUGACAUCAAGGAAAAAUACAGUGAACUUUUAAACAAAAUGAAUUCAGAGACCUUCAUUCAAAUCACGAAAGACGAGCUGAGUGCGAAGGACAACAGAAUUGAGCAACUAACUCAUGCUAAUGACGAAAAAGAUCAUCUGAUAGAAGAGAAAGAUUGUAUCAUCCAUGAUUUGUCUCAACAAAUCAAGAAAUUAAAAUCAGAAUAUGAUAAUUUAGAACAUACAUUUGCAGGUCUCCAAAAGAAAUUAUCAGAUUUAAAUAAUAAGUUGGCAGAGUAUGAAAGUACAAUAGAAAAGCUACAAAGUGACAAAGAGUCUUUUGAUCUUCGAUUUCAAGAUAAAAAUUCUGAGACCUCUCUUCUGAAGGAAAUGAAUGAAAGGUUAAACAUGGCUCUAAAAGAGAAAGAAUUUGCUAUGCAGUCAAUGACUGAAAAGGUUUCCUCCUUAUCUCGGUAUAUCAACAGUGAUGCAUCUAAGUCGGGCACUGUGGAUAUAAAUCAAAUUUUAGCUGAUAGUGAAUCAAUGUUCAGUAAGGCUCAGAAUUUAUACAGAGAAAGGGAUGAAACUCUUUUGGCUCUGAAUCAAAGUAGGCAAGAAAACCAGAGCCUUAGGAAUGAGAUUCAAAGAAUGAAAAGCAGUGAAAUUCAUCUUAAAAAUGAAUUGGAAAGACUGAGAAUGCAUCUAUUAGAAAUUGAAGAAAAUUAUACCCAUGAAGCCUUAAAAGCAGGAGAAAGGGAAAAAGAGCUUAGAGAUGAACUGCUUGAAGUGAAGAGGAGAGCUGAAAUUUCCAAUACUGCAAUAGUUGAUACCAAUCAGCGAGCUAGUAUUCAGAUUGCAAGUCUUCAAGAGCAACUAUCUAUGAUUGCAAAUCAGCGAGAUCAGGCAUUAGCUCAAGUUUCAUCCCUUGAAGACAAAGUACAACAACAUUCAGCUGCAGUCAGUAAAUUGCAACUUGUACUUGAACAAAAGCAAAGAGGUCAUGAAAGAAAAAUUAAAGAAGUUGAAAAGAAAUAUCUUAUGCAACUAGAAACUCAAAAAGAGCUUACAAAAGAAAUUGAAAAUAAAUUGCGAUCCAAGCAGAUGCAAUUGGAAGAGAGCUCAGAAGCUUUAGAAGCUGCAACAAGAUUAAGUGAGCAAUUAGAUGCCAAAGAAGAAAUAAUAGCUAAUCUCAAAAGUGAAUUGGCAAAAGUAGAAAAUAAGGUAAAAUCAACUGCAAAAGAAAUUGACUGUAUCAAAAGUAAUACAGAAGGUAAAGUUGACAGAAUGGUAAUGAAGAGCUUAGUGUUGGGUUAUUUUUCAACUCCUGCAAAUCAAAAAUCUGAAGUGAUUCGGCUUUUAGCGAGAGUUUUGGAUUUCAAUCAGGAAGAAAUGGAAAAGGCGGGUCUAGCUGUUGGUCGAAGCCCAAGCAGAGUUGAACCAAAACAGGGUCUAUUUUCUUCUAUAUUCAACCGGUUACCAACUAUCACUUCCACUGAGCAGAGUCCGCAUUCUUCACAGAAGUCAUUUACAACAUUAUUUGUACAAUUUUUGGAGAACGAAUCUCAACCCAUUGUUCCUAUGCCUUUCCCCGCUGAACAAAUGGCCCAGCAACUGUCACUGAAAGCAAAUCCGAAUAAAAAACAUUCAUCUUCAGAGAAAAUGUCACCAAAGAAAAGUAGUCCUCUCCUCCUCGAUAUAGAUUCUGCAUUUCCUACUUUCACUCCUGUCCCUGCUAUUGAGUAUUCACAAUCUCCCUCUCUAUUAAGAGAAGUAUUAGAAAAAUCCUAAAUUUUAUUUAAAAUAUGUAUUGAUUUUAAUAUGUGUUGGAAGAAUUGUAUGUCCAGAACACAUUCCAUUUUUGGCUGAGCCAUUUUAUAUCCUAGUUUCAGAGAAAACGAGAAUGUUCUUGUAAGAUUUUAUAAUUUGGAAAGCAACGUGAAUGUGUGAGAUGAAAAUUGAUCUAGAAAAUCAAAAUCAGUGAGACAAAAGUGCUUGAAAUUGGAUUAUAUUUUUAAGAUUGAAUUUUAGUUUAUAUAUAUGUUUAGCAAAAAUAAUAUAGUUGAAAAACUAAAAAGACAGUUGCCAACUUUUCUUUCCCUUCUAUAUUUUCAGUCAUUGCUCACUAUCAAAUUGCUGUUAAAUAGGAAAUUUCACAGAUUGGUCCUAAUUUUAGUUGCAUAAUAUAAUUAAAAAGCAAUUUCAUUGAAGAUUUUGAAUAUUUUCCCCUGAUUGCUUUCAGCAAAAAUUAAUGCCAAAUAAUUGAAAUAUUUCUUUUAAAAAUUCUUUAAUAUUGUCUCCUUUUAUCAGUUAUGUUUAUCUAUUUAAUUUAAUCACUGAUGAAAUUGAAAUCAUAUCUGUAGAAAAGUGCUGUACUGUUAUGAAAACAUUAGCAUCUUUGCACAAAAUUGUUUCAUUUCAUGCGACAGUUUAUUGGAGAAAUUCAAGCAGUUAAAUACUUUAAACCUUUCAAGACAGAUUGUUAUGAACUAGUCAUUAGAGAACUGCAUCAGGGCUGCAACAAGGGGGUUGAGGGCAAUCCUUGCCUAACCCUCUCAGGGGGGGAGGUUCUAAAACCCACUUGGGGGUCACAAUUCCCUAGAAUUGUGAAAACUUUUGGUUUUUGGCACAUAUUGCCAAUCCUAAUAUUGUAGUUUUUCACAUCAAAAGACUUAUGAUUCCCCCCCCCCCCCCUCCACACACACACAAAAGGUAAAUUCUAGCUGUGUUGGUGAAAUGCAUAAAUCAAGUGUAUAUCAAGUGCAUCUUUUUUUUUUCUUUUUCCAGCUGUAUGAUACAUUGAACCUACCAGACUUUAUGCCUUUUUUUUCUGGUGGUACCAGUAAACUUUAAAAUGUGUAUUCCUACUCAAAAAGAAAUGGAAAAAAAGACUUUUUUUUCAAACAAAAAAUCUUUUGCCGUCAGCUGAUUGGUAUGUUUCAACUUUGACUUGGCAAAAUUGCUGACAGGUGCAAAUCAGCUGUGUCAAUAAAUCCAAAAUGCAUUGAAUUUAUAAAGUUGCAUUUGUAAGAAUAAUUUUCCAAGUGCCUGUCAUUUUUAUAGCAUCUGUUAAGUUUUUUAAAAAACGUUAUGAGCAAAUUUUUAAUACUUAUUUUGUAGGACUAAAAUGUUUUCUCAUUCAUAAACUCACAUCUUUUGCAUGGAAAGAUGGAUUCCUUGUAAUACCAAAAGCUUUUUUUCCUUACAUUGUUUGUUAUUACAGUAAGCCCUCAUUAAUCCAAACCUCAUUAAACCAAACUUCGCUUAAUCUGGACAGCCAUUUAGUACAGUGUGUUCAGUACAUUCUGUACAGUGGCAGUGACUCGGGGCAAGAGGGGAGGCGACUGCCUCCACACUUUUUCAUCAUCAAAGAUCACCUGAACGUUUUUGAGAUUGUAAUUUGAAAAAAAAAUCUGGGGAGAUCGCUCGAACAAUAACAUUACAUACGAUAGCUUAAAAUUAAAAUUUUUAGAUUUCGAAUUCGAAAAAUUUCCAGGAGAGCACCCGCACAUACGCUCCCUCAUUCUGGUAACUCUAACUGACAGUCUGAAUUUGUGCUAUUAAGAUUCUAACUUCGGAGUUUUUUUAGAAAGAGAACCUUUUUCAUCCUAAAAUCAGUAAAAAUAUGCAAAAAUGUGUUUUUAAGACUAAUUAAGAAACUAGUCCUAUGCACUUACCUUUGAAGUCACCAAAGGAAGUCCAAAAUUGAGUUUUUACGGCUUUAUCAGUUCCAAAAGAUUUUCCAGAGAGAUACUCCAAGCUCUUUCUUUCCUCAUUAAGUCAUUCAAAAAUAUCCUGAAAUAGCAUUUUUAAAACGAUUCAACUUUACAAAAUUUUUGAUAGAGAACCUCAAAAUGCCUUUACCCAUGUCCUAAAUUUUCCUUUUUAAGACACCAUAGAAAGAAUGGAAAUUUUGGGACCAAGACAUAAAAAUGCACCAGACUUUUACAACUAAACUUUCCCCAAUUGAAAUUAAAAGAUCACGAUAUACAAUCCACUGAACUCGAUAACUGGUGGUUAUAAACGAAAUUAUGCACCACUAAAUGUAUUGAUAAAAAAUUACAACAUUGUGAGACUCAUCUAGUCACAAAGAAUUCACUGGCUCGGUAAUGUUCAGUGGAGUGAUGAAAUAAAGGAGUGAUGAUGAAAGUAUAACAAUAGUUACAUUUUUCAAGAGCAGAAAGAGAAGGAAGACCCAGGGAAAGGUGGACUGAUAAUGUGGGAAGGAUUUGACACAAAUAAAGAUUACUAAUUGGAAAAGACUGGCUUUGCAGUGGGGGGCAAGGGCAGAUACAAGGGAGAGGCUCCCCACCCUUAAGGGACUCGCCACUGGUAAAUUUAUGAAGUUUUAAAUGAUUUUUGAUAAGGUCAAAGUUAGGUGGAGAGAGGUUUGGGGCUCACCCCAUGAAAUGUUUUAUAAUUGAAAUCCGAAACAUUUGCAAAUCAGAAUAGGUAGUAAAGGGCAUUAAAAAAAAUUCAAUAAUUCCUCCAUUGAAACAUUUCUGGAACCGCCCUUGAAAAAUGGAGAUUUAUUGUGGUUGCUAGCCUGUAUAAGGCUGUAGUCCCUCUUAAGAAAAGAAACCACUAACUAUUGCUUAAUAAAAGUAUAUUUAAAUUUAUAAACAAACUGAAAACUUGAAACAUUUAAAAAAAAUCUAACCCAAUAUUCAGUAAAUUACUGCCCAAUAGCCAGGGCUAAAGCAGAAAUACAUAAAAUACACCGCCAAUAAGCACGAAACUGCUGUCCUCGGCUGGAAAUGACUGAGCUGGCGGUGUAUUUCAUGUAACCCAAUAUAUUCAUUUGUUGACUACAUAUUGCUGGCAAGCUGCCAUAUGUUUGUCUCAUACUGAUGUCAUUGAAUGACAUUGCCUUUCCUGUUAUUAGUCAUAACACUUUUGUAUGUUUUAACAAAAAAUUUUCUAAAUGAUUAGAUUGAAAUAUUCACUAGAAGACAAAAAAAAAAUGUAUAUUAUAGUCUUUUUUUUUUUUUUUUUUUUUUUGUACCAAGUAUUUAAUAUUGACUUAAGUGGUAUUCAAAUGUGGGAAAACAAGAAAUUUUCUUUGAAUAAAGUCUGAUUCUGUGUAAUUUUUCAACUUCACUCAUACAUAACUAUAAAAAAAAAUGACUGUAUAAGCAAUAUUGCUAAGGUUCAUUUUUUUUUUUUUUUCUUGCUUCAACAAAUUUUAUUUUUUUGAUUUUCAACACUUUGAUAAUUUAAAGUUAGGUAUAAAAUUUAACUUAGGGGGUUUCCUCCACGUUAAGUUUUUCUUACCAAAUGUUUCUAAAGACUAUUUUUAAGCAUAGAAAUUUUUCUCACAGCAUAAAUGAAAUUGAGAAUUAUCAGAUUAUUGUGUAGUUUGUUUAAAAAGAUAUAUAUUUGUUAAAAGUUUUGCUAAUAUAUGUACAUAUAUAGAUUUUUUUUUAAGUUAGAAAAAAAUCAAUGCUAGCAAUUUUUACUGAUAAAUUAUGUAGUAUUUGUAAUAUAAUAAAUUUAUUUAAUAAUGCUGAUAAUAAAAGCCAGUUUUUAA